UUCUCAUUCCAUCGAUUGCGGGUCUUUCCAGAAUGUAUCUCCCCCUCCAUGCCUCCACGCAGCACUGGGGGCCCCUCCGGUGCAUAUGAAUCGAUUCUCUAUGCCAAAACGAGCCCAUCGUCGCUGAGACAUUGCCUCACCUUGUCCAUCAACUCACGUAGGCGCACAACAUCUACACCCUCCCCCGCACCGCCCCUGUCUACCCGCCAGCAGAACCUCGUCGCAAACAGUACGACAAACUCCAGGUCUGAACUGGGACCACCAUCCAAAAGAAGGCCGCUCUCAUCAUCUCCCCUGCCGCCCUUUGCUGCCUUGCCCCCAGGGAAGAGCGGUGUCCAUGUCUGUCUCACUUUGGUGUCCGUAUGGUCUGCGUGGGGCAGGUCUCUCUUUUUGAGCGACUGCAUAAUGGUGCGGAAAGCGGGCAGGGGGACUGCCGUGAUGGGCGGUGGGGCGGGCAGUUUGUUAAGACGUGUCUCAAUCGCUGCUUGGAGGCCCAUCUGGAAGUAGCGUGCCAGGCGAUGGCUGAGGAUGAUCCAGCGAUAGAGGGGAUACUGCAAAUAGACACAUUCAGAGGGGUGUCUAGUCCGGCAUCCAGCGAUCGAUAUCUCUUCCUAUUGAGCCUUACCAGUUUCAUAUUGAUCUUCUCGGUGUCCACCUUGGUUUGCAGUUCCUUCAGCUGGGCCUCACUCGGCCAUCCAGUCCUGACCCGCGCUAUCACCUCCGCCUCAAAGGCAGCCAGCUCAUCACUGGAGGGGGCCCGAAACACACUCUCGGACAGCCCCGCUGCUGCUGCCGUCGGGAUGCUCCUGAUUGGCCUUGCACGCUGCUGCUGGUGUGACUGGUAGCGCCGCUCGAUGGUCCUGACGGCGGCCUUCUGCUUUUGUUGUUGUCUCCUGGCCAGCAUGCCUCUGGCGUGUCGCUGCAGCUUGAUGGCUUCCUUCUCUUGAUGCUUGUGAGUGCGGCGGUCGGCCUGCUGUGUCUUGAUGCUGCGCAUGUCCCUGCGGCGCAGAUAGGCUCCCUGGAUGAGCCGACAGCUGCAUGCAAAUACGGAUGGAAGAGGGAGAUAGGUCCGUGGCACUCAGGCUAUGUCAUGUCUCACCUCUUCUCUCGUCGCCUGCGCCUAAACAAAAACUGCAGCGGUCGGUUGAACAAACGAAGCGAGAAAGUGCAUGGGUGUGGGGUGUGUGGUGUCUUGAUGUUUGCGUGCCUGGAGUCUGAGUAUGAGUACCAGCUGCUUUGCGGCAUUGCGCUUCUGUCUGUGAUGGGCCGUCCUCCGCCAGUGCCGCUGCAAGCGACUCGCGGCCUGCAUGAUCGAUCCAUUAUCCAUAGCUAUGCAGGAAAGCAACCCUCUAUCGGAUACUGUCUCACUGACUUGGUUGCUCCUCUUCAUCAGCUCGGCGCUUCUUUUGCGGCCCUCAUCGAGUUCACGCUGCAGACUGCACACACAAGAAGGUCUGAGUCAAUUACCGACCAACCAGGACUGAACUGUUUGCAAAGAUGCUCACGUUUCAACUCUUGCAGCCGCCUCAGCUCUCGUCUGGCUGUAGCCUACACGCGCAUCGGCCUGCACAGAAAGCAGAGCGUCUUCUUUCUCCUAUAUGUGAUAGCGCUUCUUACGCUUCUGCUCAUCUCUUCCUGCAGCUGCCUUAGUUCUUGGAGUCUCUUCCUCUCGGCCUCAAGCAGCUCCACACUGGUAACAUAAGAAGUGCCUGAUAGCAGAAACACACGCGUUGGCACGUAUGUGCCGUUUUGUCUCACGAGGUGUAACUACUGGCUAACGCACCGACAUUUCGUUCCUCCUUGCCGACCUCCCGGACUGCCUCGCGCAGCUCAGACACCUCAGCGUCCUUAGCCGCAAGCUGCCGACCCGUCGUGGGAAGAAGUUCAUCGAAUCUCGAUUGAUUCUCCCAUAGCAUACCUCUUUUCUCUCGACGUGGAUGAAAUCACGGUGAAGUGCAGCACGCUGCUCACGCACAUUACGAAGGUCCGACGGCUGAAGGACAGAGGAGUCCAUACGAAUGAUCCGUGUCCCUCUAGGUCCCAACACGGAUACCUGUAUAUGGUCUGGCGGCUUGUUGAUUCCCCAUGAGCGGACCAUGCUCGGAUCGAGAAGGUGGACAACAGGCGUCCACCCACACUGGCCAUCAAGGAGCUGACGCACCAACGAUCGAUCAGGAUGAGCAAAUGAUUGCCCUAUAAAUUGUUUCCUACGGCGCAUCUGGCAUCGUAUAGGGUGAGAGCUAGCUGUGAGGCGUCAGCCAGAGAGUGCAGCUCGGGCACAGUGUACCGCUGAGUGACAAUGACACGGCAACACACACGCACAGUGAGAAUACCGCAUGUGUGGAUUAUCACCUUCAUCUCCAAGUGCCCUCUGCGGAUGGAGGCCUCAACUUGCUUCACAGACACACGAAACAAGAGACACAUCAAUCUCCAUUGAAUAGAGGAGUACGGUGUUCCCUCACCUGUCUCCUUUUCUCAUCCGUCGGCAUGGCCUUCAAUGCUCUCAGCCAGCAAUCAAGCCCAUCGGCCCGCCGCCUCUGCAAGCAUGUCUGCAGGUGCCGCAUUAGCAGCGUGCGAUCGAGAGCUGUGAGGAUGCCGGAGGGCUGGAUGGCAUGGACAAUGUGGAUCAAGGCACUGGCCGGGAUGACAGGCGACUUCAGUGCGAGAAGGUCGUCGAAUUGGUGGGAGACUUCUGCGUAUUCCUGUGAGCCCAUGCACUGUUGGCAGAUGCAUGAGACAUCCAGUCAUUCAGGACACCAACACGUCUGCUCGACUUGAUACCUGCACACACACACCUGCACGUGUCUGUCCAGGAUUCCACCCAGCGCCAUCAGGUGUGCCUUGACAUCUGAAUCGAUGUAUGAAGGACCUCUGCCCUCCGACAUGGCCCCUGCAAGAAAGAGGAGAAAGUGUCUGUGUCUUGCAGGUCACAGGCUGCCUACUCGCCGUUGCGGCGUGGCUGAGAUCGUGGCGCGGCUUCCUGGGCGAGGACGGCAGUGAGACGGACGGUCGGUGGAGGAGAGUCAGGAACUGCUGCAUCAGGGCAUCCUCACGACUCCUGGCCGCACACACACAUCCACAUGAGACGCGAGCCGCACCAUGAAGCACAGAAUGUUUUUUCAGUACUUGAGCUGUCGUCUUCGUUUCUCCAUGAGUCUACACUCAUCUUCUAUUACCUCUGCCUCAUGUUCGCAGCGCUCCAUAGCACCCUGACCAACGCCAAACACCACACCAAUCAAUAGAUACUCUCAAUCUUGUCUGCCAUACCUACCUCCAUGUCUUCUUUGCUGGGCCCGAGCCGCUCCACCAGUCUGGGCUUUGGGAGGCCUGGCGGCAAAGGCCCCUCUUUGCCCGUCAGCCGCCGCACGUGCUCCACGCCGGGCGGCACACGGCCACUGUACAUGUACACAUCAGCCUUGGACAGCUCGGGGGCCACGCGAGUCAGCUUGUCGGCUCGAAAUAUUGGAGUGCCUGCUCGCUGGGGCGAGGCUGUUGUCGGCCGACCUCUUGUAGUGGACAGGGGACGGCUGCGUGGUGCGGGCAGAGAUGGAUGGAUCGCAUUGUAAUGUUUGACUUUCUCGUCGGUCUCACCUGCUGGUUACGGCAGCAGGUGGAGUGGUGGGCCUCGUGGCGGCCAAAGGCGACGGCGUCGUCUGGGCAGUCCGGCACAAUGCCUGCAGAUGCAGAUCAGAACAAAGAAUCAGCAUGAUGCUCAUCUGAUACAUGCAUGGGAGAUUGCUUACCUUUUUGUGGAGAGUAUCCCUUACUGAAUACUCUUCGUCGAGAGCACGCUUCGACCACUCAAGACGUCCUCUUUUGGUCCUCUCGAGCCCCCCCUCGCCCUCGAUAGGCCUUAUUGGUCCCUUAUAGAACUGCACAAGGCUCAUGGGCCGCAGGCCGUCCUUCUUCCGUCGUGCCGGCACUUUACUCUUAGUCUUGACAGGAUUCUUAAUGGCCAGGCGCCCCCCUCUUGCCUUUGGUGGAGCAUUGAUCGUCUCCGGCAGGGUGGGAAUCUCAAGUGUGCGCACUGUUGGUGGCUCAGAUUGCUCCCCCUGCGUGAAUGGGCUGCGAUCUGCCGUGCCAAGAGUGACCACUGACGGGCUCGGUGAGGCGCUUGGGGCGCCCGGGGGUGGAGCUGCCACUCGAACAUGGUCAUCAUACAUGUCCUCAAAGUCAGCCAUUGCGCCGAAGGGAGGGGAAAA